GAGAAAAGCUACAAGAGAGAAACUAUAUAUUGUGGUGGUCAGUUGGCUAACUCCGGGGCUCACAUGAUAUGCUUUUUAUAUAAAAGCAGCGUUCUAAAUCAUUCAUAUCCUGAAGUGCAUAAAAGUUGAAAGGAAAAUUCCACAUGUCGUUUACCUAAGACCGUGCUAUUAUCAACGUCUUUCAAAACACUUGGAAUUCAACUAGUGACACAAAACUUAGCACUACCUUCGAACUCAUCUAAAAUUUACAUCAUCAUUCUUUUCUUUUGCUCUCUUUUUAUACUUGUAAUGCACUUUAACUAUCAAUAAUAUGAGUACUCCUUAUAACUUUUCCAAGCAUUCUUGCUGCAUCGAUUUAUGCUUUGACGAAGAUACAGCUAGCAUUAGUUAUUACAGAUGCAGUAUUUUUGCCCAAAAAAGAGCGAUUGAUACGAUGAAUGAAAAAAGAGCUUCUCUGCUGUAUAAUGCUAUUACUGGAGACAUUUUGGCUAUCGGGGUUGGUGCUGACGUAAGAAAAGAUGAGGAGGACCGAAAAGAAAUAUUUUUUGUGAAUAAUAUUCUGGUGGAACUGUAUGACAUAUAUAUCAAAACAAAGCUAUUCGACUAUAUACAUGAUGCGCAUGACACUGUAAUCCUGAACGCUGUUGUAAUAUUCCUUCGCCAUACAAGAACUAAUUUUGCUGUCAACAAUAUACCAAAUGAUGGCUUUCAUUAUGUGGUAAGCCUUCCCACAUUUUGGGACUUUGAAGUACGAGAAAAAAUCAUUCGUCCGCUUUUUGUUCAAGCCGGACUUAUUAAUGAAAGCGAUGAUUACAGCAGGCUAUUGUUUUUCACUGUACUGGAAUCUAACUUUCGAUAUCUACAAAAUGAAUAUAUCGUCGAUGGAAACAGGACCAUACAGCAAUUUAAAUAUGGUAGGGAGUAUAUACUAUGUGCACCAAAAUUUAUCAAGGGCAAGUGCAUUGUAACCUUGGAUUUAAUAUCAGUUCAGUAUCCACUCUUAGGCUCAGGUUUAGACUCCAAUACCGCUAAAUCAUUAAAGUCAAUCUGCUUUAGUGUCCCAGUCGAGGAGAAAUUAAAGAACAGUAUACUUUUAUGCCUCAAAGAUAAAGGGAUUAAAGUAAGAUCUAUUAAAGAUGGGCUGCUAGAAAGGUUAAUAUACCGGCACAUUUCCUGCCAGCCCUUCUUUUAUGGGAAUCAGAAAACAAUGCCCUUCAUAGAUGUGCAUAUCCAUGGACUGGGUGAAAAGGAAACCAGUUCUAUACAGUCUCUACAUGUGAAAGAAAUCAAUCAAUAUUUGUUCUGUGCUGUCAGCAAAGAUUUUCUACACCAUAUAAAGACGCUUUCGGGAAACACAAACAAGAAAAUAGACGCAUUGAUUUACAUCCGACGCAAUCUUAAUGUCUUAACAGACGAGUUUGAAGCUUUUGACGAUGAACUGAAAGUAUUUAUACAAAAAUCCAUCGAAAAACAUUUUAAAUACAGGCUAUUUUCAUUUGAUAAAAGUAGAAUCAGAGAUAAUCAAAAGGAAUUUGGAAAUAGUUCAUAUUUGAAAGUGCAAUGCGGGUCCUUACUAAACGAUGAAACGGAUCGCUCCCAUGAUCAAAGGUCCCCGGCAACAAUACCAAGGAAUCUAGCUUUACAAGGACAAUGUAAAAUGGUGUCCAGAUCUCUUUUUAAAAAUUCACAACCAAAUAUUAUUAUAAAUAUAGACAUUUUUCUCGAAUCAGUCAAACAUGUAUCUGCAUUUGUUGGGGACGAUAAUUUAGUUGAAAGGCUCUCUGAAUUUAAAAGCUUGGAUAUCCGACCUUUAGACAGUUAUUUUAAACAUUUGCUCAUAUACCAAAAACCAGUACUUCAUACAACCAAAAGGAUGAGAGAAUUUAUGGAAGAGAAUUUUGGUGAUUAUCUAGACAGUUACCCGGGUGUUAGACGACAUCCUAUUCAGUCACUAUAUAAGGACAUUGCUUCGGCAACAAUUCUAGAAUCUCUAGGAAAAAGUGAAAUGGCCAGUUUUUUUUCCACAGCAAAUAAUUCUAUAAUCAAAGAAACCUACGGUCCUAUCACUCCCAUUUUUCAAACAAAGUAUACUCAUAUUUUUCUCCUGAUGUAUUUGAGUUACAUCAACACACUGGUGUCUGUCCUUCUGGACAAACAUUCUGGAAAUGAUUGGAGAGCCAAGAAUUUAGGUUACGUUCUAACAAUUGAAGCGUCAUUUAUGGAAUAUAUAGACAUCUCUGAAGAAGAUAUACAGCAGUUAUUCUAUAUUGGAAAUGUACCUCAGGAACUCGCCGAAAGAAGAAAAGUGCGCCUAUGUAAUAUUGGGUCAUGUUUAAUGCCCGUUAUUCAGAAAAUUAUUGGUCAGGAGUUCAAACUCAAAUCUUUCUUUGUUAUAGCUCAGCUGCACGAUACUUAUAUACAUUUUGCCUUAUAUCAAGCUGUUCAAUGCGACCUUAUGGGAAAGUGUAUAUCUACGGCUAUGCUUAUCAUAGAUAAGUUAGUUCCCAUGGAGAAUUUGAAAGACAGGUUGUGUAAAUCCAUAUUGAAUAACAUUGCAACCGAUAACAACAUAGAUUACUGCGACAUACAUAAAGCCCAAGGUUCAAAUUGGGAUUGUUAUAGGCUAGACAAUUAUAAAAGUGUUUUGGACACAUUGAAUUCCCAGAUGCUUCAUAUUUUGUCUUUCCGCGAUGACUUAUUGACCAUAGACGAUAAAAUAGAGUUGAAUAUUAGCACAGACUGUAAUUGCAGAACCCAUACCACUCUCCGUAACGUCAUAGUAAACUUUAGACCAGUUAUUCGAGACAUCACUUCGAUAGCCAUUACGUAUAUUUUAAAUAUGGACCAAUUCUAUCAAUUUCAAGAAUUGGAUCAUAUCUUUAUUUUUGAAAAUACUUCUAUGAUGAAAUAUCACUCGUUACUAUAUGAAGCAUAUACAGGAACACUGCAGGAUGAAUUCAACGAUAUCAUUGAACUGAAAGAAAAAGAUAUACAAGGAGUAAUAAUGCAAAAAACAAUCAAUCAGUCACUAAAACCAUCGCUGUAUGAAGAACAUUUGGUUUACAAUGCUUUCCAGUAUGGAGAUCCACACAAAGCGGCGGGGAACACAUAUGGACUAAUCCUCAAGAAGCUGACCGUGACUGGGAUUGAUAAACCUUACUUGUCUUAUACAAAUUAUAAAGACGAUGGCACCGAUGCCUGCAUAAAUGUUGGGGACAGAGUUAUUGUUAUUCAAAAAGGACAAAUUAUACCAAGUUCAGGCAUUGAUAUAAAUUUUAAAGUCGAAUUCGAAAUUCCACAGAAAGAGAAUACGCUACUACGUUCUUGCUCAAUAGAAUUAGAGCUGGUAAAGUUGCGUCUAGAAAUUGAUUUAUCAUCAACGGACAAUUUUUCCUUCGACAAAAAGUCAUAUGAUUCACUAGCCGUGAUUGAUACACAUAUCGAAAACAUAAUACCUAGUAAUGGUGUAAAUUUAAGUAUCACAAAUAGGUUUCGUUAUAUUAUCUUCGUUUUAAAAAAUGCUAUGUCCAUCCAGCAUUAUAACAGUCCUUUAUGGAGCAAAAAUCGAGUUAUGUCAAUACAAGAGACUAAACACAUUGUAUAUUUUUGAGGAAUGAUAUUUUUGGAGACACCCCUUAAAAAUAAACCAUUUAGAAAUUUAUAUAAUCGAAGCAUUAGUCAAAACGUCAUAGAAGCGCAGUAAAAUUCCAAACCUAAGAGAUCAUCUUAAAUAAUAACAGGCUCCGGCAUCUCUUUUUAUUCAGUCAUGGCAUUUAGUACUCUUACUUUUAAACAAGCAACGCUAGAGGAAAACUAACUAAAGAUCAUGGGUACUACUUAUUUUCCAAAAAAAAAAAAAAAAGACUAGUACAUACCUGUUUUUUGCAACAAGUUAAUG